AUGGCUUUCUUUCAUGCUCUGAUCCGGACUCACCACAUCACCUCCCGCAAAAAGGUCGCGCACCUUCGAAAAGCAGCCGGCCAGUUGGACUGCUAUGCGCUCCUCCGAAGCGGGGGUUGUCCUGGCAUCAUGUAUUGCAAAGGUAGCGAGGAAGCCGUCAAGGGGUGGGUGUCCACCGUCCAAAGACUGAGAUACAAAGACUUCCAUCUGGCCUCGAAGCCUGCUCUAAUAGAGACCAAGUCGGCCCAAAUCAGUGACCCGACAGGCCUUUUCGAAGUGGAAACGGUGAAGGAGUUCGCUGCUGCCAUGGAGAAGAGGGGUAUUUCCAAAUGGUGGGAGCAAGCCAUGGGCUUCACGUGA